CUGUGACUGCGAGGCAGGUGGUUGUGAAUGAUUUACAAGAUGUCUUAAUUCGACUAACCCUGUUUUCUCCCUUUCUGAACAGGGGGUUUUGUGGAGCUGCUCCUGAUGCUGUUUGGCCUCGAGAUUCCCUUCACCGCAUGCUGCCCCACCGACUGCGUCUGCUACCCGUCCCCCAUGACUGUCAGCUGCCAGGCCCACAACUUCGUGACCAUUCCCGAGGGGAUUCCAGAAAACAGCGAGAGGAUUUUCCUGCAAAACAACCAGAUCACCUUGCUUCUGCGUGGUCACUUCAGCCCUUCCAUGGUCACCUUGUGGAUCUACUCCAACAACAUCACCUUCAUCGACCCAGACACCUUCGAUGGGUUUGUUCACCUGGAGGAGCUGGAUUUGGGAGAUAACCGCUAUUUGAGGGCUUUGGCAGCGGAGACCUUCCAAGGGCUGGCGAAACUCCAUGCCCUGUACCUGUACAAAUGUGGGUUGAGCUCCUUGCCCAGUGGGAUAUUUGGUGGCCUCCACAAUCUACAGUACCUUUAUCUACAAGAUAACCACAUAGAGUUCCUGCAGGAUGACAUCUUUGUUGACCUAGUCAACCUUAGCCAUCUCUUCCUCCAUGGGAACAAGCUCUGGAGCCUGCAUCAGAACACAUUCAGGGGGCUAAUAAACCUGGAUAGGUUGCUCAUCCAUCAAAACCAGCUGCAGUGGGUCCACAGACGGGCUUUCCACGACCUCCGAAGACUGACCACGCUUUUCCUGUUCAAUAAUAGCCUUUCCGAGCUCCACGGGGAGUGCCUCGCGCACCUGGCGGCCCUGGAGUUUCUCCGGCUGAAUGGCAAUCCUUGGAGCUGCGACUGCAAGGCCAGGUCGCUCUGGGAAUGGCUGCGCAGGUUCAGGGGUUCCAGUUCCAGCGUGAUUUGCGAAUCUCCUGAGCAGAUGCACGGCAAGGACCUGAAGAUGCUAAAAGCAGAGGACUUUAGGAACUGUUCUGGGUCUGAGUCCCUCCAUCAGAUCAAAACACACACGUUCUCCACAGCCGACAGAGGAGUGCCCAAAGACCACCACCCCCACCACUCCUCCAGGGAGAAGGGCAAGGAGAGAGGGAUGGAGCACGGUUUACACAGCAGCCAGCCUGCACCACCUCCUGGCUCGCGUCCAGGCUACAGAAAGCCCAGCAAGAACUGCACCAGCCACAAAAGCCGCAACCGAACCUCUAAACCGGUGUCCCUGGGGCCACGGAAAAGCAUUCACGAGGUUCAGGACUACGUGCCUGACUACCAGCACAAAUUCAGCUUUGGCAUGAUGCCCACAGCACCACCAAAGCGGAAGGGUAAGUGUACCCGGCGGACACCCAUUCGACCCCCCAGUGGAGUCCAGCAGGCAGCUGGGAGCUCGCAGGUCAGGGCCCCUCUUCUGGUUUUUAUCAUGGUGUUAGCGGUCAUAAUACGCUGAGCCGGGCUGCGACGGACAGAAUCUGUACUGCCACCAAUCUACAAAGGACCAGAGUUUCUUUUCUUCUUCUUUUUUUGUACAUGGAGAAUUUGGCCUUGUGAAGGAAAGAAUGUUGUUUAGGCUUUGGAUGGUCUCCAUACAUGGACGGGUGGAUUAUAAACAUGGACUGUACAGAACGUGCACGGCAGGAUCGGAUUAAAGGCAUUAUCACAUCCUUGUCACAAACAGCCCCAACUGAGCACCUACAAAAAAGCCAACCUUACAAAAACAGAUCAAAGGGACAGGAGCUAAUCCUCCAUUAAUAACAACUGGACAGACAUGGACAGUAGCUGUGCUCUAUGUGAAAUCCUGUUAAUUUGAGAGAGCUCUGAAAGACCCUGCGAUUACUGAAGGGAACGUAACUGCUGUAAAAACGAUCACCAAUUAAGCCUACACUGUUUAUCUGAAACUGUGCACAGACACUUACAAAACGUGGAAUAAGGACAUUGGUUCUCCCACAUUCUGCCCCUUUUGGCUCCGAACCCGCAGGCCAACGUUGGCUGGAAAUCUCUUGGAAGACAAUCUCAAAUCCCUGAAUAUCUCAGGCACACAGCAGAACAGGGCUUGCCUGCUGGGCUAGGAGUAGCCAACUACCAAAGGAAAGACUGAUUAGAGGUGGAAAUUAAAAACUUAAAAGGAUUGAGGUACCUACAGAAGGUGCGUCUUUUGUAACCGUGUUCACAUAUAAAAAACAAACAAAUGCACAGGUCCCUUCCCCUCAAUUAACCGUAUGUAUGUCUUAUAAUGUUUAUAAACUAUACGGAAACUAUAUCUUCAGAACUAAGGAUUGUAUCGGUGGAUUUAUAGCAAAACAGUAUCUGAUUUUCUCUAGUAAGCGAUUGGCAGCAGUGCCUACAGAUGCUGGCCAGCCACCCGUCAGGCUCGGCAUGCGCGGGGGCAACCACAGCAGACCAAUUUAGAGCACUAGCCUUUUCGAGGUUUUUUGUAUGUAAUGCAACAGAGUCCAUAUCUGAAGAGCCAAAACUCACUCGUAUGCCCUACCUUGUAACCCGUCACAUGGGAAGGGGAUGAAUUAGAAAUGUCCAGUCCAAACAAACACAGCCAUAGAGCUCCGUCUCCUAGAAAGCGCCCCCAGGCCUGGGGCAGGAGAGAGGCCUUUCUAGCUGGAGUCCGAGGCAGUUCCCAACAGUGUUAGUCUUGUGAGGACCUUUAUAGCUGGUCUAAGGUUUUCACCCCAGUGGAGGGAGCGGAGUCGGGACUGGCUGCAGACAGUCCCGACGGAGUGGGGAAGGUUUUGUUCCGUAAAAGGAACAGAUUUGGCUACGGAGAACUGAGAAAGACGUGCAGAGCGAUCAACUGGGAAUCUUGUCAGUGACCUGUAAGAAACAUAGAGCCCACGGCUUCUGUCCACGAGCGAGAAAAAAUGCACAGGGCAGCAAAGCGAGAGGAGCUGCGUGAAGAGGGGGGAGAGGAGGAGGAGGAGGAGGAGGAGGAGGAGGGGGUCGACCGGCUCCCCUGGCCGCGGGCCGAGGCCGGAGCUCGUGUCGCGGUCCGGUGCGGGCUGGUUGUGGCAGAGACGGCAGUGUUAGUGAUAGCAGCUUGCGGGCUAUCAGAGACGGUGUCCCAAAUUUUGCACAAACAGUCAAUGUUAAUUCCCUGUCAGAGUGGCUAUGUGAGAAGAAACAAAACAGUGAAGUUAAUGAAAGAGGGAAAUAAAAGUGAUGUUCGACAAGC